CAAUGCCACCUUACGUGGCAUCGGCAGCAGUCAAAGUGAUUAGUUACGUUGACGUAUAUCUCUCUUGCACGUUAUCGCCUAAACUUUCUCUACGAUAUUAAAAUUUGUUAUGAUUCAAACAUUAUAUAAUACAACAUGCAGCACGUUCAGGAAAUAGGAAGGCAGCAUCCAUAUGUACCCCCAAUAAAUAAUCAACAAAAAUUUAUGAAACCACCACUUGUAGGCGAACAAAACUUGUCAAGUUCACAUAUGCAGUCUCACUCACUGUCUACACAACCUGUGGAUUACUCUCAAAUAAUGAGUCCUACAGUGACAGGUGUUCCUGGUUCUCAAAUGCCUCCACCUAUAGGUCCUCAUGGACAAUCGUCUAUAGGUUAUCAUGGAACUAAUCACCCAAAUGCAAUUCAUGGGACUAAUGUCCUAAAUGCGACUCAUGGGACUAAUCUCCCAAAUGCAACUCAUGGGACUAAUCUUGCAAAUGCAGCUCAUGGGGCUAAUCUUACAAAUGCAGUUCAUGGGACUAAUCUCCCAAAUGUUAACUUACAUCAACCUGGAGUAGGAUCAUAUAAUCCUAUGCCACCUCUAUCGUCACAAGUUGUAACAGCUCCAACAGAAUCAGAUUUAUCACAAUUUCCUCCUCCUCUUUCAACGACGGGACAACCUACAUCGAGUCCUCCAGGGUCCAACUUUUCUCAAACUCGGCAAAAGCAAUAUUUACAAACUGCACCUCCAAUGCCAGGCCAAACUAUGGCAAGUCCUGUAGGACCAAAUUUAUUGCAACCUGGACAAAGACAAUAUAAUUCUACUUUGCCUCCAUUACCAGGACAAACUUUAUCCAGUCCCUUAGGAAUGAAUCGUAUGUCACCUGGUACUACCCCAGGUUAUCAACAAUUAGGAUAUCAACAGCCAGGAUAUCCUAACCAGAUGGAUAUGUAUAAUAAUCAAAGAAAUCUAUAUCAGAGUGGUACACCUAAUGCUGCAGGAUAUCAACCAGGACUGCAACCUCAACAAGCUAGACGCCUUGACCCAGAACAAAUGCCAAGUCCAAUUCAAGUGAUGCAAGAUGAUCAAAAUAUGAGAGGUGGAGUCUUUAUAACAAAUCAGAAAGGUCUGGUACCACCUUUGGUAACAACAAAUUUUAUAACACAGGAUCAAGGAAAUGCUUCUCCUAGAUAUAUUAGAUCCACUAUGUAUACUGUCCCCACUACUGCUGAUAUGAUCAAGCAGACUAAUGUUCCCUUUGGACUUGUAAUAAGUCCAAUGGCUCGUAUUGUGCAAGGAGAAUGUGAACCACCAAUUGUAGAUAUGGGCGAAAUUGGACCGGUUCGAUGUGUACGUUGUAAAGCUUACAUGUGUCCAUUUAUGCAAUUUAUUGAUGCUGGCCGAAGAUUUCAAUGUAUGUUCUGUAAAGCAACGACAGAAGUUCCAAAUGAGUAUUUUCAACACUUGGAUCAUACAGGUCAGCGUUUAGAUCGCUAUGAAAGACCUGAAUUAAUGUUGGGUACAUUUGAGUAUACAGCUACAAAAGAUUAUUGCAGGGAUAAUGUUUUUCCAAAAUCACCAGCCAUUGUGUUCGUUAUUGACGUAUCGUAUAAUACAGUUAAAUCUGGAUUAGUGAAUUUAUUAUGUACAAAAAUGAAAUCCAUAAUAAAGAAUUUACCUAUUGAUGCGGGACAAACGAAAAGUAACAUGAAAAUUGGCUUUAUAACAUAUAAUAAUACCGUGCAUUUUUAUAACAUUAAUCCUUGUCUUGCUCAACCACAAAUGAUGGUUGUUGGAGAUAUUCAAGAUGUGUUUAUGCCGCUUUUAAACGGAUUUUUAUGCGAUGUUGAGGAGAGCGAAGCAGUUAUUGAUAGUCUUAUGACUCAGAUUCCUCAAAUGUUCGCGGACACACGAGAAACAGAAACAAUUCUUGCUCCUGCUAUACAAGCUGGAUUAGAAGCAUUAAAGGCAUCUGAAUGUUCUGGUAAAUUAUUGGUAUUUCAUUCAUCUUUACCAAUUGCUGAAGCACCUGGAAAAUUGAAAAACCGUGAUGAUCGUAAAGUGCUUGGGACAGAUAAGGAGAAAACGGUAUUGGUACCGCAAAACAAUGCAUAUAAUAAUUUAGGUCAAGAAUGCGUUGGUGCAGGUUGCAGCGUAGAUUUGUUUAUCUUUAAUAAUUCAUACGUAGAUCUAGCAACGAUUGGUCAAAUUUGUCGUCUCACUGGUGGAGAAAUUUACAAAUAUACUUAUUUUCAGGCUGAUAUUGAUGGUGAAAGGUUAAUUUCAGAUGUUAUUAAUAACAUUAGUAGACCAAUCGCUUUUGAUGCUGUUAUGCGAGUACGUACAUCUACUGGUGUUAGAGCAACUGACUUCUAUGGACAUUAUUUUAUGUCCAAUACAACUGAUAUGGAAUUGGCCAGCAUAGACUGCGAUAAGGCUAUUGGAAUAGAAAUUAAACACGAUGACAAACUGACAGAUGACGAAGGUGUAUAUAUUCAAGUGGCUUUGCUAUAUACUUCUUGCGGUGGUAUUAGAAGAUUGCGAAUUAUAAAUCUGAGUUUGAAAACCUCAUCGCAAAUGAUUGAGCUAUAUCGCGCAUGUGACUUGGAUGCUAUUAUAAAUUACUUCUCUAAGCAAAGUAUUUUUAAAUUAUUGGAAUCUACUCCAAAGACAGUAAAAGAUAAUUUGAUUGCACGAUGUGCAAAUAUGUUGGCUAUAUAUCGAAAGCAUUGUGCAACACCAUCCAGUGCUGGUCAAUUAAUAUUACCAGAAUGCAUGAAAUUGCUUCCACUCUAUAUAAACUGUUUAUUAAAAAAUGAUGCAUUAUCAGGAGGAGCUGAUAUGACUAUUGACGAUCGAUCUUAUGUUAUGCAAGCAGUUGCAACUAUGCCUGUUUCCAUAUCUGUUGCAUAUAUUUAUCCCAGAUUAUUUCCCUUGCAUGACAUCGAUCCUCAAGAUACGGAACUGCCUCCAAUGUUACGUUGUUCUAUCGAUAAAUUUACGGAUGAUGGUGCUUAUUUACUCGAAAACACCAUCCAUAUGUUUUUAUGGUUGGGUAUGUCACUUUCUUCCCAAUGGGUACAAAGUGUCUUUGGUGUACCUUCAGUAGCCCAAGUCGAUACAGAUCGUGCUGCGCUGCCAAUAUUGGACACUCCUUUAAAUAACAGAAUUACGAACAUUAUCAAUCGGAUACGUGCUGAAAGGCAUCGUUGUGUGAGAUUGACAAUAGUAAGACAACGUGAAAAAUUGGAAAUGAUAUUACGUCAUUUCUUGGUUGAAGAUAGAGGAAAUGAUGGAAGUCCUAGCUAUGUUGAUUUCUUAUGCCACAUGCACAAAGAAAUAAGAACACUUCUUAGUCAAUAAAUAAUUUUUUAAGUACUCAGCUAACUUGUAUUCAAAUUCAGACUCUUUCGAGUUGAUGAUUUAUUAUCUCAUCAUAAGGAAUUCAGGCAAGGAAUAAAAUUCAAUCAUUGUAUUUUGUGUAUGCAUUCAAAUGUAUGUAUCAGAUAUUACGUGUACACGUGAUACAUGCGUGUGUAUUGCGUGUGCGCGCGCACGCAUGCGCGUGUAUAUGUAUGUGUGUAUGUAUAAUGAAUUUGGAUAAAGGAGAUUCAAAAGUACGAAUGUAUUCUUCAACAAACAUAUAAUCGCUUUUCCCUGAUAAAAAACUUUUGAAUUACCAAA